GGCGUGACCUCGGGCCAGGGGCGGGGAGAGAACCAGAGGGCGAAGUGGGAGGGAACAGGGGAGACUAAAAAGGCCAGGGAGGCUGGCCUGGCGGAAGUUCCAAGGGGAGAAAGCGGCGCGUUGUGACCCGAGAUUCAGGGUCUGGCUCUGCUGCCCAGGCUAGAAUGCAUUUGGCGCGAUCACAGCUCACUGCAUCCUCGAACUCCUGAGCUUAAGCGAACUUCCUGCCUCAGCCUCCUGAGCUUCCUGAGUAGCUGCGACUACAGUUACCUGUAGUCAACCACAGUCUGAAAAUAUUAAGAUAUUUUAAGACAGAAAGAGAGAGAGGAGAAACCACAUUCACAAAAAAAGAAAAAAUCCUCUUUUAGAGCAUCUCUUGGUGGUACCAUCAGAAAUGUCUUCCUUAAGUGGAAAAGUCCAAACCGUUUUGGGCCUUGUAGAGCCAAGCAAACUGGGCCGCACCCUGACCCAUGAGCACUUGGCCAUGACCUUUGACUGCUGUUACUGUCCACCUCCCCCAUGCCAGGAAGCUAUUUCCAAAGAACCUAUCGUGAUGAAAAAUUUAUAUUGGAUUCAGAAAAACGCCUAUUCCCAUAAAGAAAACCUUCAAUUAAAUCAGGAGACAGAAGCCAUAAAGGAAGAAUUGUUGUAUUUUAAAGCUAAUGGUGGAGGGGCUUUGGUGGAAAACACAACCACUGGGAUUAGCCGAGACACGCAGACGUUGAAGAGGCUUGCAGAAGAGACUGGCGUCCAUAUCAUAUCCGGAGCCGGGUUUUAUGUGGAUGCAACUCACUCCUCAGAGACCAGGGCCAUGUCAGUGGAGCAGCUUACCGAUGUCCUUAUGAAUGAAAUUCUCCAUGGAGCUGAUGGAACCAGUAUCAAGUGUGGCGUUAUUGGAGAAAUUGGUUGCUCCUGGCCUUUGACUGAGAGUGAAAGAAAGGUUCUCCAGGCCACAGCUCAUGCCCAGGCUCAGCUUGGUUGUCCUGUUAUUAUCCAUCCUGGACGGAGCUCCAGGGCACCAUUUCAGAUUAUCCGAAUAUUGCAAGAAGCAGGUGCAGACAUCUCCAAAACAGUCAUGUCACACCUGGAUAGGACUAUACUUGAUAAGAAGGAGCUCUUGGAGUUUGCUCAACUUGGCUGCUACUUGGAAUAUGAUCUCUUUGGUACUGAACUACUUCAUUACCAACUCGGCCCAGAUAUUGACAUGCCUGAUGAUAACAAAAGAAUUAGAAGGGUGCGUCUCCUGGUGGAAGAGGGCUAUGAAGAUCGAAUUCUGGUAGCACAUGACAUACAUACGAAAACCCGGCUGAUGAAAUAUGGAGGUCACGGCUAUUCUCAUAUACUCACCAAUGUUGUUCCUAAAAUGUUGCUGAGAGGUAUAACUGAGAAUGUGCUUGAUAAGAUUCUGAUAGAGAACCCUAAGCAAUGGCUAACUUUCAAAUAGGAUGGUUGCUUAUGAAUUCACACCUUGAGUAUAAAACUUGCAGAGAACAUUCAGCGAUUUCCAGUCCACUGUGAGAUACUAAUCAGUUACCUAGGACUAAUGACUGAUCAUUUCCUUCUGAUGAGAACUAGGAGGGUUUGCCUUCUCUGAGACCAGCUAUUACAACUGUGCCUCUAGGGAGUUACUCAGCCUAAUUGAGCCCUAUUAUUUUGCCUUAACAAAAUAAAUACAGAAGUACCUAUUUCUAAACAAUGAUUUGAAGUCUAUAUCCUCUAAGCGGAGUUGUUGUUUUUCUCCCUAAUCUAUCAGCUGCACUACUUGAGAAAAUUUAAAGUGUUUCUAGUUGAAUUAUUCCCUUCUUGAGCGAUGUAAUGUUUCUUGUAAUAUUGAUGAUCCUACUAAUUAUCCUGCGGUUCUUUAAUUAAUGGUUAAUGAAUAAUAUGGCACUGUAAAAUAGCUUCUGCAACAAGGGAAGUUAAAUUUUGAGACUUUUUCCCCAAAGGAUACUGACUGUAAUACGAUUACCAAUUCACAAUGAUAAAAAUACUUUGAAAGGUUAAUUUUAUACUGUCCACCUAUCUAUAUAUUCUUCUAAUAAAGUGAUUUUGAUAUCU